GUUGACUUUGCUGUCGGUCGGAUGACGCGACUGUCUCGACUGCACGUCCACCCGGCUGCCGGCUUGGCUUCAUCUGUCCCUUUCCUACCUCUCCUUUGGCGGUAUGACGGAAGUAGCCGUCGAACAGACUCUCGUGCAUAUUCAGGCGACUCUUUUGCGUACUGACAUCAAAGAUCUUAAGCCAGUCAAGGAUGCCAUGGGUAGACGGUUUCUGCCUUGGCUCACAAGAGCUGUCUGCGUGGGUCAGCUUUCGCUCCGCUUACAGCGCAAAAUCUUGAGCGCUAUCUCGAGCGACUUGCUGUCCAAGUCGGACUCGAACAAAGCUCUCAUGCAGUCGCAUCCUUCCUGUGGACCGACGCGACUAGGAAGGUAUCUCGCAGAGACGCAGGACUUUCUAUCUGCGAGUGCCAUGCUCGAGAUCAUGUUCCGUGUGCAGCCCAGAGCGAAUCAAAGAAAGUCAAGAGCAGACUUUCUCAGAGCGAUCUUUGCCGAGUUCAAGUCACCUCGCUGGACGCUUCGCGCAGCUACAAAGAUCAGAGACGCAUUUGCCAAGCUAACAGUCGAAGUGUUUGAUGAGCGCGCACCGACCUUACUGCGGGACUGGUGGUGCUCGCCUCAAGGAGCUGUCGUGCAGCCUAUCGAGACCAUCUCGUGCGACGAGACGACAUGGGUGCUCGCUGAGAAUCGAAUGCUGCACCUGAACAGAUUCAGCUUGACUGCGUUUGUCGAGGCAGGCGUUCAAGUUCACCAUGUCAGUCGCCUGAACGUAUUGCAGGUCGACGGUGAUGCCGUACUCUUGGAAGCCAUGUUUCCAGCUACAUAUCAUCUCAAAGGCAUGCGCGCUAUUACGGUGACUCCUGCGCGUCUUUGGCUUGGCGAGCGUCAAAUCGAGCCCUGCUCUUUCGAUGUUCAUUGCAAGGAUGGACAACAGCUUGCAGACUGGCUCACAACAUUCGAGGAGAUCGCUUGCUCCGAAGAACCUGAUCGACUCGUCCUCGAGCUCCAGGAACGACGGACCGAUCAGAUCACGGCUCACUCUCACAUGCUUCCUCUUGAUGGUUUUGUCAAAGCUUCGCAAUCCGUUUUGGCCAUCGAGCAAGUCCUUCCCAGUAGCGUGAAUCGCAACGAGCGCAUGCAAGCGAUCCAAGAAGCCAUGAGAUCCAGCCCGGAUUCGUCCGAGCACCCGGCCACAAUGCAGGAACCUAGCGAUUUGCCUAUCUGGCACGCUGCACUCACAUCUGAUCGCACACUCGUCAACUCUGAUCAUAUCUUUGACAAACGUAAAGGUCCUCCCAAUGAACCGCGCACUGCUUCCCCUCGCUCCAGCAAGCCAUUUACGGAUCCGAAGCUUUCCACGAGGUCCCCGGCGCAGCCGUCUAAUCCGAAGAAACGUCCUGCGGCAUCACCACUACUCAGCCUUCAAGUCAAGCGCGACAAAGCACUUUCCGAGGAAGAAGACGCCGGCGUUACGGCCCCUUUCGUUGCUGAAUUCAUGACGGCUCGCCAAUGCGAGCAAACCGAUCUUCCCUCUUGCGUACCGGCCAACUUGUACGCCUCACCGCUUCUGCGUACUCCCGUCCAUCAAGUGCACGACCUCGUUCAGUCCAAUGUUGCCCGUCCUCGCAGGAUUGCCGAUAUCGCGCCAGCCAAGGUUCCACAGAUCGGCGGACAUCAUAGACGCAAGCGAAACCAGCGCGAGCUAUUCGAGCUUUUGGAGCAACUAGUUCGUGCACGCGCGGCAGAGCGGACUGCUCGCCGCAAGUCCGAGCUCGAUGCUAGCUGCGUACAGUUGUCGCGCCACGCCCGCAGAGUGCUGCACGCCAAAGUCGACAUCUUCUAUGAUGACAUGAAGGGCAUCUCAAACUCGCGGGUGGAUUUCUCGAACCAUCUGGCUGCACUGUCAAAGCAGCUUUCGGCAACAAGCAAGGCCUUGUAGAGAGUGAAAAUGCGCGUGAUUCAAUGCAACAAUGCGAUACAACAAGUUCCUGCU